UCUAUAUGAAACGUUCGUGCGCGUCUGACGUUAAGUUGCUUCUUGUUCUUCUGGUCGAGCGCAAGAAACAAGAAACAAAAUACUAUUUCGCAGAGUCAGCGUACAAGCUGCACAAAUAAAGAGCGACAACGCAAACGGGGGAAACAAUACCAAUUUUUGCACUCCACAGGUAAUACAUUUGUUAAAUGAAAUUAGCCAGCGAUGCGACUGCUACGAUGGGAGCACCUUUGGCUGCUGCCGCUUCUCCUGCUUCAUGCCACUUGCGUGCUGGGCUUGCGCUUGAACUCGAAAGCUGCAGCGGUGUUGGAGAAUCAAACGCAGCAAGUGAUUGCCUGCAGUCAGCCGAAGGCGCCGGGCUUGUGUCGAGGACGUCAGUUGCGUUAUGCCUACAACAAGGACACGGGCAACUGUGAGAGCUUCUACUACACCGGCUGUGCCUCCACGAAGAACAAUUUCCUGACCUUUGAGGAAUGCCGACGUGAUUGCAUGCAACGCCUGCGCUACUAGAAUACGAUUUAAAAAUCAAUUACAAUUAGAGUGCAGCACGCACGUAAUAAGCUAAGCUAAGCUAUGCAUUAAGUAAUAAGAUCUGUAUAUUUAUUUACCUUUGUUCCAUUGACUUUCAGCACAAAUUAUAGUGUAAUAUAUAUAUAUUUUAAAUAUAGGCA